AUGGAGAGGGUAAAUCAAACCACCAGUGUCUCUGAGUUCAUCCUCCUGGGACUCUCCUCCCGGCCCGAGGACCAGAAGCCACUCUUUGCCCUGUUCUUCACCAUGUAUGCCGUCACUGUGGUGGGAAUCUUGCUCAUUAUCCUGGUCAUCCUCUCUGACACUCAGCUACAGACACCCAUGUAUUUUUUCCUCAGCAUCUUAUCCUUCAUCGAUGUUUGUUACACAACAACCAUCGUUCCCAAGAUGCUGGUGAACUUUCUGUCAAAGAAAAAGUCCAUCUCCUAUGCUGAGUGUAUGACCCAGAUGUAUUUCUUCUUGGCUUUUGCCAACACAGGAAGUUACCUCUUGGCAGCCAUGGCCAUUGACCGCUAUGUGGCCAUCUGUGAUCCUUUCCACUAUGUCACCACCAUGAGCCACCGCCGCUGUGUCCUGCUGCUGGCCUUCUCCUGUUCCAUCUCUCACCUCCAUUCCCUCUUACUAGUUCUCCUGAUAAAUCGUCUUCUCUUUUGUGACACUAAUGUCAUCCACCACUUCCUCUGUGACAUCAAUCCUCUGCUGAAAUUAUCCUGCUCCUCCACUUUUGUCAAUGAAAUUGUAAUUAACACAGAAGGAUUGAUAACCUUGGUAACCCCCUUUAUAUGUGUUAUCAUUUCUUACCUACAAAUUCUCAUUACUGUUUUUAAGAUCCCCUCAGCUGCUGGAAAGAGUAAAGCUUUCUCUACCUGUGGCUCCCACCUCACCAUGGUGACCCUCUUUUACGGAAGCAUUAUCUACAUUUAUUUCCGACCCCUGUCCACUUACACCAUCAAGGACCGGGUGGCAACAGUCAUCUACACAGUUUUGUCCUCCGUGUCGAAUCCUUUGAUCUACAGCCUGAGGAGCAAAGACAUGAAGCGGGGCCUGAGGGUGCUGAUGAGCAGGAGGAAGUCCUAG